AUGGCAUCUAUCCUUUUGCGAUUCGAGAGUCGAAACGGCCAAUUUCGAGUCACAGUCAGCCCGGAGGAACUCUUCCCAUCGCUCCAAAAAAAGAUUCUAGAACACCUCCCAGAAAAUGUCGAACCUUCAUCCAUUUCCCUCUCAAAUAAACCGAUCGGCACAGGUGGUGAGGAGAGAGAACUAGAAGCUUUGCAAGGGGUUUCGCUGCAGAAAGUCGGUCUCAAAUUGGGGUCUACAGAAGGAAUCACUCACGCGGUCCUGGUUUCAAGGCAUGGGGAUAAGCUCUUCGUUGGCUACAAGGAACGGACACAACAUAAUGGACUCUCGAACGGCAACAAACCCACGACCUCAGAGCAACGAUUGAAUGGAGCGCCAAUUUCCGAGCAACAGACGGUUCCGAUCAGGUCACAACCGAUCCCUUCCGCUCCCGGCAAGACAAAGACACCGUGGGAGCUCGUACAGCAGUCUCCGCUAGAUAAUUUGCUGGACAAGAAAGAUGGCAAAAUCAAACGUGGCAUGGACCACAAGAUGUGUAGACAUGGUCCUCGGGGCAUGUGUGAUUAUUGCAUGCCACUCGAGCCUUACGAUGCGAAAAACAUGGCAGAGAAAAAGAUAAAGCACCUUUCUUUCCAUUCAUAUUUGCGCAAAAUCAACGCUGCAACAAACAAGCCCGAAAUGGGAACCUCGUUCAUGCCUCCUCUCAGCGAACCAUAUUACCGAGUGCGGCCCGACUGCCCAUCAGGACAUUCGCCUUGGCCAGAAGGAAUUUGCACCAAGUGCCAACCAAGCGCAAUCAGUCUGCAGCCACAGGACUUCCGUAUGGUAGACCACGUGGAGUUCUCCUCACCCGAUUUGAUCAACUCCCUCCUUGAUUUCUGGCGAAAGUCAGGCGCCCAACGACUGGGUUUCUUAUAUGGGACAUACGAAGAGUACACCGAAGUACCACUAGGUGUCAAAGCUGUUGUGCAGGCGAUCUAUGAGCCCCCACAAACGGGUGAAGUCGAUGGCGUCACACUUCAUGACUGGCACAAUGAGAAGGAAGUAGAUGAGGUGGCCCGACUCUGCGGAUUGCAGAAGGUUGGUGUCAUCUUUACUGACCUAAUUGAUGGAGGUCGCGGAGACGGUUCAGUGGUCUGCAAGCGGCACAUUGACUCUUAUUUCUUGUCUUCACUUGAAAUUGUCUUUGCUGCAAGAUUGCAAGCACAAAACCCCAAGUCCACGAAAUGGAGUCACACAGGACAGUUCGGCUCGGACUUUGUAACAUGUGUGCUCACCGGAGACGAAACAGGUGCAAUUGCUAUCAGCUCAUACCAAGCCUCUGUGUCUGCAGUUGAGAUGGUGCGAGGAGAUAUUAUUGAACCCUCCGCGGACCCAACGGUGAUGCUCGUGCAAUCAGAGUAUGAUGAAGAUGUCGGAAGCAGGACACGAUAUAUCCCUGAAGUCUUUUACCGACGAAUUAAUGAGUACGGUGCAAGCGUUCAGGAGAGCGCAGAACCGAGUUUCCCAGUCGAUUUCCUCCUAGUUACCCUCACCCAUGGAUUCCCGACAGAAUCAAGUCCGUUGUUCACCAACAGUACAUUCCCUAUCGAAAACCGCGAAGUUGUCGGCCAAAGUCAAGAGCUUCGACACGUUGCCCAGAAACUCAUGUCCCAUGGUGAUCCCAAUAAAGCCAUCCAAGGCAUUUCCGACUUCCACAUCCUGUGUUUCUUGCACGGAGUUGGCACAUUCAGCAAGGAUGAGGAGUCUCUCCUCUGCCGUGUUGCCAAAACAAAAUCCGCCGCCGAGGGCAUGCAGCUCGUGAAUACCCCAGGAUGGGCGACGUUGAUGACAAUUCUUCAAGAGAGUGGUGAGCGGCCCCCUAAGCGCCCCUGGCCUGUCCCGGCACAGCCUUCUCGCCCGGAUUCCCAAACCCGGAGACGUCGCAGUCCCCUAUCUUCCACUUUACCCCGAUCCAUAUCUCCAAGCCCUGAGAGUGAGCAGCUUGCUAAGAGGUUUAAGGGAGCUAGUUUAGAGUGA